AUGGCGAUGCAUUACUCGCAGCAGCCCUACUAUCUCUACGGCGAACCUCAAUGGUCUAACGACGUCAAACCCGCCCUCACUGAAGACGACUCUUCGGUCCUUGACGACAGAGUACUCGAUUCUUCCACCCCCGCCGACCUGGCAGGCGCUGGUCCCUCUGACGGUCAACAGCCUUCAAUGCCCAAGAUGGAGGAAGACUAUGUCUCUCCGCAUGCGUGGCAGGAGCGGCCCCUCAGUGUCAUGCCUCCCAUCCGUCAUUAUUCUCAGUCUUCUAUUCCCAUGACCAGCUCCAAUGACCAAUACUUCGGCCAGGCCAGCUCUGCAAGCUGCGGCCCGCAAUAUGUCCAAACCCAACCUUGGGCCAUCUCUACACGUUCUGAGAACAACACUCCCACGCCCCUGUUCGGCGCUGUACCAGAAUCUUUUGGGCAGCAAGCACAAUACAGCGGGGGCUCGGUCAACUUCUCCGGCUUUCAUCAUCAGGACCCUACCUCGGCGAUAUCCAUGUCACCACAAUCCAGUCAAGGCGGGUGGGCAUCCACCACCUCGUCCGAAGCUACCGAAACACGACGUGUGUUGAGACGCUCUAGAUUCCGGGCAACAUCACCUAUGUUGGUGUUGAGAUCUGAUGGCAUCAGAAAAAAGAAUGCAAAGUUCGAGAUCCCCAAGGAAAGGAAUUUGGCCAACAUCGAUUCCCUCAUUAUGCAGUGUUCGAAUGAUGAGGAGAAGAAGGAGCUCAAACAGCAGAAACGUCUUUUGCGAAACCGUCAAGCCGCACUCGACUCCCGUCAACGCAAGAAAACUCACACCGAGAGACUGGAGCAAGAAAAGAAGCUCUUUGCUAGCCAGAAGGCUGAGUUGGAAGAAACAGCUGCCCGUCUUGAAAACACCCUCCACCGUGAAAGGGAGCAGUGGAUGCAACAACGCCAGCGAUGCGAGCAAAUUAUCCAUCAGCUACAGUACGAUCGGGACGAGGCCAUUCGCAUCAAGACUCUUGAGACCGGCGAACUACGUCGCAUGAACAACAUCCUGAAAGAGUCGGUCAGAGAUCUAGAGCGACAGAGCACUCGUGCCUACUCGGCCAGCGUUCCAGACAAUUUCUCCAGCGACUUCGCUGGUUUCAGAACCCUUGACCUCGAUGACAACUGGGAAGAUGAAUUCAGUCUCAUUAAUAGCGAGGACUUGAAGAUGGAAGAGCCCGACAACUUACAGCGGCAAGCAACGCCGAGACCUGCUACAUCUUCGACCCGGGUGCCUACUCCUCCAAAUGCUGUCAAAUCACUCGACGUCCAGGUCGACACUGGCUUCAGCUGGAAUACUUUUUACAUGUGCUUGUUAGCAGGUGCCUUCAUCGUCUCCCAAGCUGGCUCAAAAGCGGCGACGGCGCCGCCAUCCGCCGCCGUUGUCACAUCCAAUAUGCCAGCGUUAUCCGAUGACUAUCGUUCCGAGGCUGGGAAUGUCCUCAACGCCGUGCUUGCGUCUCAACCAGAGUUGGCACAUGAUGUCCUACCUUCUCGGCCUGCACCGUCUUCAGAUCACAACCACUAUCCUUCCAGUCUCGCUGGACCUGAUUUGUCUCGAAUGACCCCACAAGGCCCGGGUAAUCCUCUCGCCAACCUCCAUGCCGAUCUCACAAAACCAUCACGACAGCAGCAAGUUGCCGCUGCCUUCUCCCUUUCAGCAGCUUCCUACAACCACAUUGCGAACGCCGAUGGUGCCUUUGACAGUGACGAUGAUAUUGUCGAAGUGAAGCCUACUCGUCUGCAGCAACUGUAUGCUCAGAUGCAAGCUGAAAGGGACGGCAUCGAGAAAUUGAGUGGAAUGGGGAGCAAAGCCCGAGAAAGGAGUGUCUUGCUUGAUCGAGUACCCGAGAAGGUACUUCGGGACUUCCGAGAAAUGAUUGCUCGAGUGGAGUAA